AUGGCUCAAGUAGAACAAAAUCAAGCAACAGAAUUCAUUGAGAUCAAUGAUAAAACACCUGAUGCACAACCGAAAGAUUGUGAUCAUAAUCGUGAAGGAGUAGAUUUUCAACCAAUACAGUCAAUCAAUCAAAUUGAAUCAGAAACAGCUGGAACAAUACCAUCAAAUAAUCACCCACCGGAUGUAAAAGCUUGUGUUAGAGCCAUUUUGCAAUAUCCAUCAAUAAUUUUAUCUUCAUCUGAUAUUGCUCUUGCAACUCGGCAUUACUCUGCCAUAGCUCGUCAACGUAGUAUUCAAUUAAUGAUUAAUAAAAAGCUUUUGCAUGAGGAUUAUUAUUUCGUUCGGAAGUUGUCGAAAUCGGUGAAGGUAACGAAAGGUUUUGCUAAACGAGUACCACAAGUAAACGAUGAACAAUCACGUUUUGAUUUCAUUACUGCUUUAAAUGAGUUUGGAAUUACGUGGGUAUUGUUUAAAUCUUUUUUUGAUCUUACGAAAGAUGGCUUUCAUACAACAACACAACUACUUUUGAAUCAAACAGCUGAAAUUUUGCUGGAUUCAGAAGAUUAUCGCUCUUACGUCAAUUAUGAUAAACGUGCAAUAUUUCGUCCGAUUGAAAAUGCAACAAUAGAACAGGAUGAAUUGGAAUAUGGAGAUAAUGUUACAGGUAUUGAGCCAUUUGAAAGUGUAGCAAAAGAAAGUGGAAAACGAAAAAAAUCUCAAGCUGCUUCUCAAUCCAAAAGAAAAAAAAGCUGA